AUGUCUGUGUCAAAAUUUGAUUGGCGCUCGAUGGAGCAUUUUUUCCUCCCGCAUCAUGCUGUGAUAAAGCCGUCAAGUGGCAAGCUGCGCACAGUAUUUGAUGGUUCUGCGCAGACCACAUCGGGAGUGUCCUUGAACCAGUGUCUUCAUUCUGGUCCCAAAUUGCUUAAGGACCUUUGUGACGUCAUCACGCGGUUUCGGCGUCACCAAUUCGUUUUCGUAGCUGACAUCAAGAUGAUGUUCAGGCAAACGGUAAUCCACCCUGAUGAUCGUCGAUACCAGCUGAUAUUGUGGCGGGAAAACCCGCAAGAUCCCAUACUUGUCUACGAACUCAACACGAACACAUACGGGCUGCGGUCUAGCCCCUUUUUGGCCAUACGUUCGCUUUGGGAGCUCGCUGAUCGAGAGCGUAUGUCGUUUCCUCGCGCAGCCGCCAUUUUGAAGGAGGACCUAUAUGUUGAUGACAUAUGCACUGGUGCGUCCACGGAGAGAGAGGCUCUCCUUUUGCGUGACGAAUUGAUUGGCAUCCUAGCCUCCGCAGGAUAUGAAUUGCGUAAAUGGAUCUCCAACUUACCUGCGCUCUUGGAUGGGCUACCUGAUGACCACCAGCAGGAUCCUCACCUAUUUGAGAACCGUGACAAUCCUACCAUGAUGACAGUCCUUGGAAUACAGUACAGACCAGUCCAGGACAUCUUCACGUUCAACGUCGAUUUGGAUUCGCCUCGCACUUGGACGAAACGGCUGGUUCUGUCGACUGUCGCGAGAACGUUUGAUCCCAAUGGUUGGAUAUGCCCAGUCAUAUUCUGGGCCAAAUGCUUCCUGCAGAGACUUUGGACUGCAGGUCUUGGAUGGGACGAGCCACUCCGCGAAGCUAUUUUGAAGGACUGGCUCCUGUUUGCUUCCUCACUGCCUGCUAUCAAUAUGAUAUCGUUGCCCCGUGCUAUGCUUCCACCAGGGAAGCAUACAGCGUCCCUUCAUGGGUUUUCGGACGCUUCGGAACGUGGGUACGCAGCAGCCGUAUAUUUGCGCACCGUGACCAUGGAUGGUCAAGUGAAGGUGUCAUUGGUCAUGGCGAAGAGCAAGGUCGCGCCUCUUCGAACUACCUUGACAAUUCCCAAGCUAGAGUUGUCAGGGGCGGCCCUUCUUGCUCGCCUCUUGAAUCACGUCAUGUCCACCUUGUGCCCGUCAGUUAACAUUGAGACAGUCUAUGCAUGGACUGACAGUCAAAUUGUCCUAUGUUGGCUGAAGACGUCAGUCCACACCUUAGAGGUGUUUGUUGCAAAUCGGGUCUCUCAGAUCCAGAAAUCGGAAACCCCGUUAAUCUGGAGGCAUGUGCCUGGCGAAGUCAACCCUGCUGAUUGCGCAUCACGGGGAUGUAUGGCCCCCUUUUUGGUUGAGCACUCCCUGUGGUGGGGACCUGAGUGGUUGACCAGGUCAGAAUCUAAUUGGCCGCGAACACCGGCCUUGGAUACUGUCACAUUGCCUGGGUUGCGAACCCUUGCGAUUGAACGGCGGGACCAUCCGUUCGACCCAGAUUUCCUAAUGAAUCGCUACAGCUCAUUAGACAAAUUACUGGGGGUCACCGCUUGGAUCAAGCGCUUCACCAGAAAUUGUAGACACCCACAGAACAAAUGCUUGGAGGCGUUCUUAUCGCCACAAGAGCUCCAGGAUGCUCUUCUUCAUUGGGUUCGUUCUGUGCAAGAAGAGAACUUUGAAAAUGAGAUUGAUAUUUUGAGAAAAGGCAAAUACCCUAACGAUUUGGAAGCCCUCACACCGGGCCAUUUUUUGAUUGGACGGCCGCUGAACGCCCUGCCGGAAUACCCCUAUGUUGAUGUGAAACUCAAUCGUCUCUCGCGGUUUGAAUUGAUCCAACAACUCACUCAGAGCUUUUGGAAACGUUGGAAUUUGGAAUAUUUGCAUAUUCUCCAGCAGCGCGUUAAGUGGACUGACAAGACUGAUCCACCGCAUGUUGGUGACCUCGUUCUGGUUAAGGACGCUAACUCACCGCCACUGUGUUGGCGCAGAGGGCGCAUUCUUAACCUCGUCUUUGGAGCAGAUGGAGUGCCCCGUUUUGCUGAGGUUCGGGUGGACGGUUCUGUUCUGAAGAGAGCGGUAUCAACCUUGUCACGACUGCCAAUUGAUUAG